AUGCCUGUCAGCACGGUUUCAGAAACGAAUUCCCCACUAGACGAAGUGGUCUACAACACUUUAAGCGAUGUCUUUAGUUUUACCAAUGAGGAUGAAAAACGGUGGUGGCACAGCACAGGUCCAAUGUUUGCGAAGAUGUUGCGUAUGGCGAACUACGACAUUCACUCUCAGUACAAGCAUCUUGCUAUUUACAAGAAGCGAGUAAUUCCAUUUCUAGGAGUCUAUCCGGAGAGAGAUAGCAACGACCGAUGGUUGAGCAUUCUUACACGCUUCGGUACCCCUUUCGAGCUCUCUCUUAACUGCUCCGACUCGGUUGUGAGGUAUACGUAUGAGCCUAUCAACUCUUCAACAGGCACUGCGGAUGAUCUUUUUAACACUCACUCAAUCUGGAAAUCUUUAAAUGAACUGGUCGCUAUUCAACCGGAUGUUAAUCUCGAAUGGUUCAAUCACUUCAAACAAGAACUCACUCUCAGCUCCGCGGAAUCCAAAUUUCUCGCUGAAAAAGGCCCGCUUAAGACUGGAAUCAAAACGCAAAAUAAACUUGCCUUGGAUCUCAAGGGAGAUCGUUUUGUGUUGAAAACCUACAUCUACCCGGAACUUAAAGCUAUUGCUUCUGGCAAGUCAACCGAUGAGCUCAUUUUUGAUUCAGUCCGUAAAGUCUCGCUACAGCAUAACAGUAUUCUUCCAGCGCUUUCAGUAUUGGAAGAGUAUGCAAAGUCACGCAGUGGCUUGAACAGCACGACAAGUGUGCGACUUCUUUCUUGCGAUCUCGUCAAGCCAGCUAUAUCCCGAAUCAAGAUCUACAUUUUGGAAAGAAUGGUGUCGCUUCCGGCUAUGAAAGAUCUUUGGACACUUGGCGGACGUUUUACCGACCCAGCAACAGUCGCGGGCUUUAAGUUGAUUGAGGAGCUGUGGGAUUUACUUUGUAUUCCAGAAGGAUUACAAACAUAUCCCGCUUCAUAUCUUCCAAUAGGCUCAACCCCCAACGAGCAAUUACCGACAAUGGCCAAUUACACGUUGCAUCAUGAUGAACCUAUGCCUGAGCCACAGCUGUAUUUCAACACCUUCGGCAUGAACGACAUGGCGGUCGCUGAUGCACUAACAACCUUUUUCGAGCGCCACGGCUGGACAGAAAUGGCACAGAGAUACAAAGAAAGCCUGCAAUCUUAUUAUCCACAUGCAAAUCACAGCGCUCUAAAUUACCUUCACGCUUACAUAUCUUUUUCUUAUCGGAAAAACAAGCCGUAUCUGAGCGUUUAUCUUCAUUCGCUUGAAAGUGGCGAUUUCCCCGUCUCACCAUUCGGCACGGACCGUCAAAAUACUAAGAGUGCUCCAACAACCUCAGUCACGGAAAUUAACUUUUGUGAAGAAAAGAUCGAUUUCUUCGGGGUGGAAAAUGUACCCAGCGAGGCAAAUAGCGUGACCGUAAGAUGA